UUACUCCAGCGUUCGUGUUUCUACCGCUAUACUCUACUAUAGAAGAUGUCUAUUCACGACAAAGACUCCGUGCUGGGUUUAUGGAGGUGCAUGAACGAAACGAUGACUGGAGUAACCAAAGAACUUUUGAACAGUAUUGGUUAUGAAAUGAAAGACGAUUCUGAGGUGGAAGCAUUUGCCAAGCUGGGAAACACGGCAACCAUCAGCGAGAAGGAUGGGGGCGUGGUUUGCAGCGUAAUGUUUGAUGAUCCCAACAUCGGUGACAAGAUGCGGCCAAAAUUCGGACCCAUCCAAUUGUAUGAGCCCUAUGAGUACUUCAUCCCGAUGGAGGGUAAAAAACAGACGUUCAUGAUGACAGAGUUCAGCAAGAACAAGGUAUUUUUCCACCUUCUCAUUGAGCCCAAAGACGGCAGAAAGCUCUACAUCCACGAAAGUGUGGAGAUUGUGGAGAAAGAUGUCCUUGCCCAAGUUGUUCGCUCCCCGAAGGCAAAUCUGGCGUCGAGGGUCUUAUUUAAGAGAAUCAAGUAACUUCCUUGGUCUUCUUUGCUGCCAUUAUUGUCAAGAGAUCGCUUUUAAGAAUCUAAUUUUUAGAAUAAAUAAAGAGAAAAAAGGGAUGAAAA